GACGUUGAGAGGAGGAGGAGGAAAACAAGAGAAUAAGUUAGCCUUAGCCAGCUAACCUGUUAUAUAAUGUGUCGUUCAGUUGGUUACUCGGUUAUGUUAGACUUUUAAUAUCAGAUCUGCCUACGUUAAUUUAAUCCAUAUAGUGUCUUUGCUCGUAACUGCGUAGUGUUCACUCAACUAAGUUUCGUUUUUAAACUCUUUAUGGCGCCCAUUGAAAUGUUGUCGUUUCCUUUUCUUGUCAGUGAGCGGCGCUGUUGCAUCUCCUUAAGUUAGUGAAAAUCAACCAAGAAAAGAAGAAAAAAAGAGAAAAGAUGCCAGGUCUGCAGGGUGAACACGUUCAGGGGAGUCCCAUCAAGAAGAGCAAACUGUCUCUGAGGUUUUUCCAGAAGAAAGAAACCAAGCGGGCUCUGGAUUUCUCUGAACCUCAACCUGAUGAACCCAAAUCUGUGGAGCCAGUGGAGCCUGAGCCAAGCAGCUGUGAUCAGCUGGUGCCCGGUCCGUCUCCGUGUCCGGCAUCGCCCAGCCUGCUGCUGCCGCCGUGUGAGAAAAGAGAAAGCUUGGUGCCAUUUGUGGGGCUCAACAACCUCGGCAACACCUGCUAUUUGAACAGCGUCUUACAGGUGUUGUAUUACUGCCCGGGGCUCAUGGAGGGCGUAAAGAAACUGUACAACCUGUCUAAAAGGAAAGAGAAAGUGAAGGAGGAAACAGACAAAAGUGAAGAGUCAGAGGGUUUAGCAGAGUCCUUGCCGGCUCACAUUGAGCUGCUCGGGAGCUUCAACAGUCUGAUAACAUCCGUGGAGCAGCUGCAGUCCAACUUCCUGCUCAACCCCGACAGCUUCAGCGAAGGAGAGCUCACCACGCCGCCUCGGAAAAUACUGCACACACUCAGGCAGCUGAACCCCAUGUAUGAAGGCUAUCUUCAGCACGACGCCCAGGAAGUCCUGCAGUGCAUCCUGGGAUACAUCCAGGAGGCCUGUGACACCAUUAGAAAGGAGCAGGAGGUGGAGGAGGAGGACAGCAGCGUGACGGAGGUGAAAACGGAGAAUGAUGACCAUUUGUGCUCUGGCAGCUCCGAGACAGAAGCUAAAACUCCGGCAGAGGAGGACGGCCAAGUCAGCGGGAAAAGAAAAAGUGACACCGAGGUGGGAAACGCCAAAAAGAAGACAAAAUCUGUCAAGUCCAAGAAGUCGGAUUCAGAGGAAGACGGUGGGAACAGAAAUAAACCCUUCACCCGCUCCAAGAGGAAGUCCUCUAGUGAAAUUACAGUGGAAAACACCCAGGAUAAAGAUGGAGAGGUUGAGGAGGCAAACGAGGGGACGCAGAAGCAGAAUAAGGAGAAAGGAGGAGAGAGUGAUGGUGAGGGGAAAGGUGAGAAAGCAUCAAAAGAAGCAGAGGGGAAAAGACAGAAGAGGGCUAAGCUGAGCUGGCUCAGACCGUCAGGGAACCAGCCCAGCAUCUUCUCCAAGUUCCGCAGCGUGGGGAAAAUCACCUCCAUGACCCCCAAAAACCAGACGAAACCAGAGCUGGAGAUCGAACCGACGGACGACCAAACUGAGAAUGAGAAGACCAGCCGAGAGCCAGUGCUCCAAAAUACGAAUGAAGACAAGGCGGCAGUGAAAAAUCAAGAGGGUCUGGACCUGAUGGAGCGCUUGUUCCAGGGUCAGUUGGUUCUGAGGACUCGAUGUCUGGAGUGCGAGAGCUUCACGGAGAGGAGAGAGGACUUCCAGGACAUCAGUGUCCCGGUGCUCGAUGACACACCGAGCAGCCCUGAUGACCUCUCAGAGAUUUCUCCAGAUCCUAAACCAGAGCUGAAGACUCUGAAAUGGGCCAUCGGCCAGUUUGCAUCGGUGGAGCGCAUCGUUGGCGAGGACAAGUACUUCUGUGAGACCUGUCAUCAUUACACAGAGGCAGAGAGAAGUCUGCUGUUUGACAAAACUCCCGAAAUCAUCACCAUUCACCUGAAGCGCUUCUCUGCCAACAGUUUAGAGCUGGAUCCAUACGCAGGCCUGUCCAAAGUGAACACCCCCUUACAGACGCCUCUGACCUUGUCUCUGGAGGAGUGGUACACCCGUCCCUCCUCUGCCAAAGGUCAACACUAUCAGCUGUUCGCCGUGGUCAUGCACAGCGGCGUCACCAUCAGCAGCGGCCACUACACCGCCUACGUCCGCAUGUCCGACCUGAAAGAUGUGAAGCUGUGGGACAGAAAAGAGACGGAAGAGGAGGAGGAGGAAAGCAAAGCGGGAACACAGGUGAAAGACGAAGCGUUGGAAUAUGACGACGGCGAGGUGUCUUUCAGCCUGAACGUGAGGGGACAGAGGGGCGCGAGCUUCAAGGCGGGAGGCAAGAAGUCGGAGGGUGGCGUUGGAUUGUUGGGAGGCCAGAGGAGUGUGUCUAGUUACGACCUCGGGAGCGGCGGCAGCAAACACACGGAUAAAACAACGACGGAGGGAUCUAAACGGAGAAAAAACAUUAACAGCCAGAACGCUGAAGCGGGACUUAAAAAGGAGCCAGAGGCCGCAGAUGGAGCCGAUGCGUCGGCGGCCUCCUGCAGUGGGAUGGAGGCGACGGAGCAGCAGGCUCUGACUAACCUCCUGGAGUUUGAGGGCAAAUGGAUGCUGUUUGAUGACUCAGAGGUGCGCCUGUUUGAGGAGGAGGACUUCCUACAAGCAUGCUCCCCCGACACAUGCUCGUCUUCGACACCUUACCUGCUGUUCUACAGACGGAUGCCCGAGCCCAGACACUGAAAUGUGAACUCGAGGGGGCCGUUCCAGUCAGGGCUUUUUUUUUUUUGUUUCGUUAAAAACUUCAGUGCCAAAAAUACUGUGGCGGCGGCGGCGUUAAAGCUCCUGAACUCAAGUUUUCUGGCCGUGCUGCGACAGUCGGGGUCUCGCUGUGGACGGAGGCUGUUUUCUCCUCCUC